AUGGCGGCCCGCGUGUGUUCGCUGCAAGACUUGGACUUCGACGCACUAGGCGUGGCCGGAGAGGAGAAGGAUGAAUUUGCGCAAAAAAUGACCGGGCAUCUCGCGGAACUGCCGUCGGAGGAGUUUGGAAAGAUGUUACGCACCCAUUUUGAUCAAGUUGACACUUCCAAGGACGGCCAGGUCGAUAGAGAGGAGUUAAGAACUUGGUUGAAUAAGGUGUUCCGGUAAGUUGACAAGAUCUGCAAAACCUGCUCCUUCCUGACGUUCGUUGGGCUGAUGUCUGCCUUGGAAAUGAUGCCUUCGACAGUCUCUUCACCCUAUUCAUUUCCUUGGACUACAGUGGUUUAGCUGACGUUUAGCUGUCUGUCCCGAGAAUGACACCUUUGGAAGCAUACUCACCUUCUAUAUUUUCUGAGUGAAAAUCAUAAUGAUGUAUGUCCAGUCGAACAAGUCUCAACACUUAAACCACUUAAGGUUUAGUAGGAAGUGCAUAGUUUAAGAAUGUGCGCGUUAAUAUUGAAUCACCGUUAUUGGGAGGUUAGUUUAUCUGACGCCCUUCUCGAGGGCAUUAUGAACAGAUUUUGAAGUGCUACCGGGGUCAGGGCGUUCAGGGGAUCCAGCACGAUCUUGAAGUUGAUUCCAGGGGCGAGAGAUAGCUACUUUUCAGUCUACCCCAUUGGUAUUCAUAACAUAGGACGCCCAGUCCACGUCGGAACAUUCUUCGUCGUGUAUGCGCUGUUGGCAACAGUCUCAGUGUUGACGACAGCCACUAGCGUUUUUGCUCGUUUAAAUGGCUCGUGAACCUCAGACUCGUCGUACUUCCCCCGUCAGAUCAAUUGAAAGCUGUCUCCCCCGUACGAGGACGUGAGUGCUCAAAUAAGAAGGAUGGGAAUUUGCGCACCUAGGUGCGUUUUUUUGCGGGUUUAGUGAGGGACUCUGCUGGAGACGCGCAUGCCACGAUGCUUGUCUAUUCGUUCACCAACGAACUGUUCAAGAACCGUCCUUCCCUCCCCCCAAACGCGCAAGUCGAACACCGUGAGAGUGUAUUAUCGCUGACAAAGCUCCAUCGUCAAUUCUGGAUGGCUGUCGGAAGCGUGUUGAUAGAUUGGGUUCUUCCGUUUUUGCCAUUGCAUUCUACUAAGAAUUUGGCCAGCAUGUGAACCUCCACAAGCCUGGUGGUGAACUGUGACCCAAUGAGUAGAGUCGGUCGGUCUCCUGUGGUAUCUGGGCGUUUCCAUCGACUCCUCCUCCUUCAGCACAACAGAUUGGUUUUCAGGGAUUGCGACGGACGACUUGCGAAGCCUCAUUUGCCGGCGAGCAAUACUCGCAAUGUCAUAGCACUGCCGCGGUUGGUGGCUCUUUACGUGCAGCCGAUUUGCCAGAUCGUCGGCUGGUAACACCUAAAGCUAGUGCCGUCGUCCAGUAAAUCCUGCACGUAGCAUCUGUUAGUGGCGUUACUGCACGAGUCCUCUAGACAACCAGGACAAAAAAUCGCAGUGGGCAAACACAGCCGCGGUUAGCGUCUCAAAGCAAGCUAACUCCGACUUCUCAGUUUGGUAUCUCUACGGAGCAUGCGCUCUCUACUGUGGCUGCCCGCAGACGACACCGCGUAUGCCCGAAACGUCUGUGUUUGUCGGCCAUUUUCUAAUGAGGGCAUGCCACCGGGGCGAAUUACGUGAAUUAGGUAACUUACUCGACCAGCAAACCGUUACUGUGAAACGCAAUGCACUCGCUGACUUCACAAUUUGUCCGACACUCUACUCCCGAGCUAUUGCAGUUGUGUCUGCCAGUGGUGCGGAGAAAUCGAUAUCCCCCCCCCUCAUCUUAUCGUGUCAUUUGAGUUAAAUUUCAAGCGAAGACUUUGUUGAAGCAAACUCACCAAUUGGCCUAUCCGAGCAACCGCAGCUGUUGAACUGCGGUUUUCGGUUGCGACCACCGUGAGUUGGAGUUGAGGCUGUAAGGCAUAUCCAUCCGCUCUGCGCACAAAGAAUUUGUGCAUAAGUGCUACUGGCAGAGUGGCAUUACCGACAAGAACAAGGGAGACUGGCAUGGCCAUUUCUGGCUUAUUAGCCGUCGUCAGCCAGUCAUACCCAACCCCGAGGCGUGGAACACCUGGGGCUCGGUCCUGCGACCUGUUAGAAGUCCACGCCUCUAAGCACUGAGCCAUGGGCUCGUAUUCUUGUCGGUUGCGAUCGGAAACAUACAAUGGUAGAGGGGCGCUCACCGAUCGUUUCUACGGAAAUCACUCGUCCCGUUGUGCCUUACGGGCUCCCUCUUGAGCCUAACCGGCAGCCGCACAGCGGCUCAUGAUAUAGGCAGUAUUUUAUUACCAACAAAGACAAGGGUGGCUGGAAUGGCCAUUUCUGGCUUAUUAGCUGUCGUCAGCUAUUCAUACCCAACCCCGAAGUGCGCAACACCUGAGGCUCGAUCCCGCGACCUGUUUGUUAGAAGUCCAACAUCUUUAACACCUGGGCCACGGGCUCGUGGUCCUGUCGGUCGCGGUCGGUAAUAACAUUCUGCCUAUAUCAUGCGCCGCUGUGCAGCUGCUGGUUGGGCUCGAGAAAGCGCGUACGAAACAACGGAACGACUUCCGUAGAGACGAUUUGUGAGCACCCCUCUACUAUAAGUGCUACUUCCUUGCUUAAAUUCUGUUUUUAUAAGGGAUGAGGACAAGAAGAGUGCCCAGAAUCUGUUAGAAAGGAUUGAUCGAGACGGUGAUGGUCAAGUCUCUUUUAACGAAUACAUCAUCUACACCUUUGGCUACUCGACCGAGGAUCUUGACCGCCUCAGAAAGGACGACACAACGGAUGUUCAGAGCCUCAUCUCGGUAAGCAGGUUCUGCGCUUAGCGUUCUCGCCUCUUUUUUCCUGUCCUCAUUCCUCACUUGUGUAGACCAUAGAGGAGGAGCGGCAGAAAUUCCAGCUGGCCGACUUGGAUGGGGACGGCGGGCUAACAGCUGAGGAACUGGCCGGUUUUCAGAACCCCUUCCACUACGAGCACAUGGCUGCCUACGCUGCUAAUGAGACCAUCCAGCACUUGGACAAAAAUGGGGACGGCCACCUAUCCCGGAACGAAUAUGUGUCCUCAGGUAGGUGAGCCGACUUCAGUGCAAAGUAAACUACGACGCGGCUCGAGAAACAGAUAAUAGGGCUGGCCUGGUUGAGGAUGCAUUCAAUCUCCCUGUCACUCCUUUUUUGCAGAGGAAACAGACAAGUAUCUGGAGGAAUACGAGCGGUCCAAAUUUAAGGAGAUCGACACUGAUGGGAAUGGACUGAUUGACACAGAGGAGUUGACCAGCCACUACAAGAGGAGUAAGUUUUCUGGUUUGCUUGCUAUGCGCAGAGGUUCUGUGCUACCGGACAAAAUGUCAUUUUAGGUCCCACUUCCGUGAAGGUGUACAAAUGGAAUUUGUCGUGCGCGACUUCCGCGAUGUUGCCAAGAUCAGUAUCAUCACUGGGGUUCACGGUGGUCUUUAUGGCAGCCUUAUUCGUGCGAGAUCCGAGUCGCCCUUACUGUGGUCUGAUAUAUACAGUGGUCGCGCGCGACACGCAUAGAUAAGUCGUUCAGCUCUGUUAACGACUGCGUCCGCGCCCACAUCCGACAAUCUUAGAGUCGUCUUCUCGCCGGCAUAAAGUGGGAGACGAAAGAGUGAGUGCGGUAGAUACUGUGCAAGCCUGCCCCGCUACAAACUGAUCCGCACGUAAGUCCCCGGUGCUACGCCCAAUACGUAAGGCGCGCAGUCGAAAUCGCCGCUUGCGACGGCCGAACUGUCUUUCAAGGCUCAGUAUCUUGGAUGCUUUAUUGACGCGCUGUUAUCCGGAAUGUUGAGAACGCAAGCUAACUCAUUUACCUGUCUUAGUUCAUAAGUGGCUCGAAGGUAUCCUGCUCCUAUGCAUAGGAGCGGGGGUUGGCUAGAUUGCCAAGUUCGGUGCAACAGGCUAACGUAGGGCCAAAUGCCUGCUUCAAAGUCAGGCUAUUCCUCGCUGGUCAUCAGUGUAUUUCUAGUGACACAUCCAACUUUGUUUUGCCUGUAAGCCACGAUGAGGUUAUCGGGAAACCCCGGAGGAGCAGUCUUCGGAUUAGACUGAGCCUCUUACCCCCAUGUUUUUUUUCAGUCAGCUGAAAAUGCCUUGUAGUAGACAAACAAACACGCGAACCACAAACCUCCCCAGGUACACGGGGACAUUCUCUUCCAAUCAAGAAUUUUACUAUCCUAAUAAGCAAGUGACUGUCCAAUGAUUUGGCGUUUCGAACUGUGAAAAGACGUGAGCAGUAUGCGGCAAGCGAAACAGGCCCAUCUUGUGUUGGAAGACCUCCACUUACAUUGCUCGUGUGUGCUUGCUGUUGUCCACGAGAAGAGUCGACAGACCGUAUACCUGACCUCGAGGGUGGGCGUACCAUUGUCACUUGCUUUUGACUUGAGCGCUAUUAUCAGUACCGACACUAAAGUUUCUAGACACUCAAUGACUUACGUAAACACCCAACCGGAAGGCGCCGAACCAAGAUUCAGCUGGUCUUUCGGCCGACCGAAGAGCUACGCUUGCAACAAUCCAACCAGCGCCGUCACGAAGAAGACUCAGCAAAAUCAAUGCGAUGCGCAUUUGCACACAAAUAUCCCAGCCUCAGGAUCAGAAGCUAUGAACAACCAACUACACACGAGGAGACCAGGUCAAUAACUCUCCAGCAAGCCUCUUACCGAUCCAAGUCAUAGCAUAAGCAAUGGGCCUACCCAUCUAACAGCUAAAAAAUGGCGAGGGAAAACAUGCGAAGGCAAACUUGGAGCGACUUCUGAUAAUCGGUGAACAUGAUCAUCUAUAAUAACUCAGAAGAAAGUCAAGAUAUGCCUGAAUGCACAGAGGCAAUACUCCAUUUGACGCUGGCCAUAGAAGCUGAAGCGCAACGUGGCCCCAAGCCCAAUUCGGUGCAUAAGAUCACUGGUCAUGGCUAGAGAGGACAAUUACUUGUUUGACUGAGCAUGCACAGCUGGUCGGGAAAGAAGUCAUUGCCUUCCACAUUUCAGAUUGUGGAGACCAAGACUGUUGAGUAGUUCAAAAGGGCUCGUGGAACAUGAAGAUCAUAUGCCCAACCUUGCACUGGGCUUUAAUUCUUGCCCGAAACAUGCGUUCAGGGUUUCCUUAAACCGACAAAGACUUCAUCAACGCAUAUGGACGAGUUGGCGCAGAGUAGGAUGUAACAGUCACACAGCACGAAGCAAAUGUAACCGCGUUCCUGCGCCUUUAAGUUUUAAAGGGAAGCGGAGACGUUUUGUCAAAAAUCGAGCGUCCAGGUUAUGCACUUGAGGGAACUUAUCCUUUCUAUUCCCAUCUUCACUCUUUUCAGAUGUUGACACCCAGGCGAGGGCGGAAACAGAGCACCUAUUCCUUGAAAAGGACGAAAAUAACGACGGCGUCUUGACGAAAGAGGAGGUGGGCGGAAAGCACGUGACGCAGAUGAGCAUCCGCAUGUCACAAUCUGGUGAAAAUGUCAACAUCAUGAUCAAGGAUGAGUUGUAA